AUGAAUAACUUGAUUCGUUAUUGGAAAGGACUCAAUGGAGGGACACUUGAGACUGAAUCUUCUUCUGGUGAACAGGAUGACCGCAAUCUCAAACGACCUAAAAGGUCACAAAGCGUACCAUCAAGCGAAUCAGAUAACGAUCUCAACGCAGAUGAACAAUUCGUGAUAGCGCGAGAGGUACCCGAAUUACCCAUUCAUCAUAUGAACAAGACUCCAGGACGAUUGUUACGGCAGGAUGGAUCUCAGCCGUCAAAUGACCGCGAUGAAAAUUUUGGCCAGAACAUGGUGCAGCAAGAGGAAAAUACCGACGAAAUGAAUGGAGUCGAGUCAGGUUCAGCAGAAAGACCUCCGCUCGUGGGCCGAUAUCCGCGGAUAGUACCAUACUCUGCACGGAAUGGCAGCCCAGGCUCAGCCAUUUCGUUGACAGAAAAGCUCGUUUGGGAGAUGAACACGGUUUUUCGCUGUGAGAACAAAAUAAGACACUUUCAGGUGAAAAUCGAAGAGAUUGACGACACGCACGACAAAGUAAGCGACAUGAUUGAGAAGAUCAAGAGCCACAUUGAUAAUCUCGAGGCUGGAGAAGACUUGUCUCCCCAUGAAAAGAACUUGCAGACUAUGUACGACACGGUGGCUGAUCUUCAAGGGGAGAGAAUUGAGUGGUUGGAGAAGAUCGAACUAGCAAGAGAAGAGCUGUCGAUGCCGAAAGAGGGAAUGUACCGAGAUUUGGAGUUUUUGCUUGCCAAAAAUAACCUCCUUGAAGACAUCUCUGGAAACGACCCAGAUCACCUUCCCUGGAACGCCGAUGUGCCAGCAGCGGCACCUGAACAGGUUGAAGCACCAGAGAAAACCCCAAGCCAAAUCGCCCACGAAACGUUAGAGAUCCAACAGUGGCAGGCCAGGGAUACCAAGGGACGAAUGGAGGGACUUUUGCGAGCUGCUCGUGACAGGGUUGCCAACUGGCACGAAGUCUACGAGGCUAAGCUGAAGGAUUAUAACGAGCUUGUCGACGCAGGCGUUGAUUUAGAUACAACUAGAACCGAAUUUGAUGUUCUGCUCCUUCAGGAGGAGAUAGAAGCAACGCAAGACCUUGGUCGUGCAGAGCUCGACUACAAAGUUGCAAUUCAUGACGCACAGCAGUUGGGGGUCAUUUUCAAAGACGAAGAACAAGAUUCAGAUUUCCUGGAGCAGUUCCGCGCGCAAGAGAAUGACGGCUACAGGUUAUCCAUCGAACAUGACCUGAUCGAUCACGUCGACAGCCACAGAAUUGAAAAAUGGAUGGGUAUGACGAGUGAUGGAGAACCUGCAGCGCCCGCUUGCGAUGACUGGGAUUUCAAGAGUAUUGGUUUUGGAGAGGGUGUGAGUGUGAUUGCGGAGGGCUUCUCAAGAAAAAGAAUCGACCACUGGCGAUGUGUGUGCGAGGACACGCAACGGCAUAUGGACGAUAACAUCAGCCGCGAGCAUGAUGAUCUCUAUGAGGAAGAUGACAGACAUUUUCACAACGGAGAGCAAUGA